UAUAUUCGCUCUCAUCAUUUGCUAGAACUGCAACUAAACGACCAGAUUUGUUUACUUAAUAAUUCGCAGAAUAGUGAAAACGUGUAAGUGUUUAACAUUCGACAGUAAAUGUGCAGCAUUUGCGGAGUUGUGGAAUACCUACUUUUUGAUAUUUGGAUGCGAACGCCUUGAAGUCAUGUCAACGCUAAACCAGAACCAUGAUGCUCCUAUCUAUUUUGGGCCUCUUUAUAACUCAUUCGGUCAGCUUCGAAUCAUGCGAAGGCGAUUACUGUCCAACAUAUUUCCCGAAAUUACCAGUGCCGAUAACAUCACGCCAACAACAAACCGUUUACAUGGGACGCGAUACCAAAACUGGCUGCUUUUGUCGAGAGCUGCCGGAAGUCUUUGUGGUCUGUUUUGGUAGAGACACGUGCAGUAACUUGCCCGUAACAGUGGAAGUCAAACCCUCUAUGCUCCGAAUUACGGACACUGUUAUAAAAGUUUUUAAACCCGGUGAUUUUAGCAAGCUUUCGCAUUUGACGGAACUCCAACUCGAGGGUAAUCCCGCUUUGAAUAGCAUUCUGCCGUGCACAUUUGAGAAUAUGACGAGUUUGGUUAAUUUGUCCAUCUCGUUCAACACGAAACUGAAAUAUCUCCAUCAACAUUCUUUCGCGGGAUUGACGGGGGUGAAAAACUUGCUUCUCAUGAAAAACGGUUUCCAAAAUCUAGUCCACGUAACGCCUAGCUUACGUCCUAAUUAUUUGCAUAAUUUAACGAAGCUAGUUCUCGACUCCAACACGUUUGUAAGUAUAGACAAGACGGGUUUCAUCCAGAUGAAAAAUUCUUCACUGACAGACAUCAGCUUGGGAUUGUGUAGGAUCGAACACAUUCAUCCGGACGCGCUGCUACCGUUAAAGAACUUAGAAAUUCUACAGCUGCACCAAAACAGCAUCAACAGCUCGACGCUAUCAAUUCUGCUGAACCGCACAUUGGAAGCGAAAAUAAAUUUGAAAGUGCUCAACUUGUUCUACGUGGGAUACAGGAAACAUCCUCCACGUAAUAUUAUGAACGUCAUCUCCAAAUCGAACAUAUCGGCACUCAACUUGGCGAGAAACAAUUUUGAACAGUUGACGAACGAAUCUUUUCCGUAUAUGCCCAACAUAGAAAUGCUGGAUUUGAGGGAAGUCCUGGCGUUGAAUGUAACAAGCGACGCCUUCGCUUCACUACCCAAUCUUAAAAUUCUGAUGCUAAGUGGGAACAAGCUUGUGAGUGUACCGAAAGGCGUCCUUCUUAAACAACUGUUGUUUCUAGACAUCCAGCAAAAUUCUGAGGAGCCCGAGUUCAGCUCGUAUUUUUUAUUCAAACACGACCAUUUCAUUAAUAUGACUCAAUUAAUCUACCUUAACUUGGGCUAUAACACUAUAGUGCAUCUGUUUAACCGGUCUUUUGCGGGGUUGAAAAACUUGAAGUUCUUGGGUCUAAAGACCACAUCCUUGUUCAAUAUAGAACAUGGAAGUUUCGUUCCACUGGAGAAUCUGGAGGUUUUGGACUUGAGAAACAACGCAAUCAAUCACGGUGCUGAAAUUCCGGAUGUCUUUCACACCUUGACCAAACUAAAGGUCCUUCGACUGGGCGGUUGCGGAUUUUCGUAUAUACCGGCGGUCAACAAUCCAUUCCGUAAUCUCUUGUCGCUCGAACAACUAGAGUUGAACCACAACGGCCUUGUUACCAUAUCACCAAAUGACUUUCUACCCUUGUUUCAAUUAAAAGUACUAAACUUGCAACGUAAUCUCUUCAGCCGCUGGCAACAACGACUGUUCCAGAACAAUUCGAAACUGACCCAACUGAAUUUGUCGGAAAAUCGCAUAUCUACGUUGACAUCAGAGAUGUUGCAGGAUUUUUUGCAGCUGGGGAAUAUCAAUUUGGAGCACAACAACAUUGUUUGCAAUUGCUUCGAAGUUGCCGAUUUAAAUUUAAGCCAUUUGCAAUCGAUAUUUAAACCCCAAGUGAAUUGCGCCUACCCUAGCUCACUGGAAAACGUACCCGUUGCGAAAUAUUUUCAGGACAUUACCAGUGGCGAGGUGCAAUGUAAGAAAACAGGACUAGUCACGAUUUUGUCAUCGUGUAUCGGAGUAGUGAUUUUAGUUUGUGUCGUAUUCUCGGUAUUUUACUUUAAGUGGCAGAUUAAGUACUUACUUUUCCUUACCACACUUUACUUGAGCCGAAAAGGCAGGAUAAUACCCAAAAGGGGAAAAGAGUUUAAAGAUGAUUUCGUGUACGACGCUUUUGUUUCAUACAGCAGCGAAGAUAGAGACUUUGUGGUGAACCUGGUGAAAACUUUGGAAAACCAAGAACCUUUCUACAAACUCUGCGUGUACGAACGCGACUUUCUGGUAGGCAACUUUAUAUCCGAGUGCGUGUUAGUUUGUAUGGCGCAGAGCCGUAAAACUCUGAUCGUCGUCAGUGACAAUUACGCGCAGUCGCAGUGGUGCAGGUGGGAAAGUCACGUUGCCGAGUACUACCGGUUGUUCACUGAACGCGAGGAUGGAGAUUACGUCGACGAUUCUCUUGUUUUGAUAAAAUUGAGUGCGGUCAGUAAAUGUCACAUGAGUCCCUUGCUGAAAUACUUACUGAAGACGAGGAUCUAUUUAGAAUGGUCCACGGAAGAAAACAGACAAAAAUUAUUUUUCGAGAAGAUGCGGAACUCCUUAGGAGUUCCCCUGGAAUGCCAGUUACGCUCGAAAUUUUGAAAUUAGUUUGGUAUAAUAAUUACAUUUUUUUAAUACUUGUGGUGCAUAUUAAUUUUAUGUUAAAAAUCGGUUUGAAAAUAAUUCAGGGUGCAGUUUUCUCUAUGGUGAAAGGCCUAGUUUAUUUCUUGUCUUAUGAUGAAGUAAAUGCAAUUAUAGUUGUAUUUAAAUUAA